AUGGACGCGCUGCUCGAAGAAUGCACCGAUGCGGGGCUCGUGGAGCACCAGUUCGGCCGCGGCUUCCGGCUCGCGGUGGACGUCGUCGACAGCGACAGCGUGCCGCCCCCCACCGACGACCCCGCCGGCUUCUGGCUGGGGGCGGAGCUCCGGCACGAGCUCGCCGGCACCAUCACCAGCGCCGGCGGCGCCGAGGGCGCAGCGGGCGACGCUGCCGACGAAGCGGACGACGCCUCGGCGCGCAAGCCCACAGAGGCGGAGGAUUCGCCCGCCUUUAGCAGCAAGUGCGGCCACUGGGCUGCGACGGGCGAGUGCUUCCUCAACCCAACCUUCAUGCUCUCCUCGUGCCAACGCUCCUGCCGCGACCUCGCCGCGGCAGACAUGACGCCCAUCGACGUCGACAACCCCCCAGAGGCGGUGCUGAAGGUGCUCUCCAAGAUCCGGCUCGGCGACGAGGACGCGCCCCCGCUCUCCGCGCCGGAGAAGCUCAAGGAGCUCAUCAAGCGCGGCGUCACGUCGGCGCAGGAGCCCGAGAUGAGGACGCUGGAGAAGAUCGUGCGCGAGGUUGCAAAGUCGACGCCGAGCUUCGUCAGCAAGGAGAAGGAGAAGAAGGGGGGCGGCGGCAAGGGCGGGGAGGGCAAGGCCUCGAAGAAGAAGAAGGGCGAGUCCAAGGGCGGCGGCAAGGCGGCGGCGCAGGGCGGCGUCGGCGACGACGACUACGCCUACGCAAAGGUGCUGAUCGAGGAGCUGCGGCCCAUCUAUGAGCGGCUGCCCACCGAGCAGCGGCGCCACAUCCUCGAGCGUCUCAUGAAGACGAAGGUGGGUGACCGCCUGACGUUUAUUGAGUAG